AUGGCAGACUCAGGGAUGGAUGAGUUUGCGCAGACCCGUGGGGCCGACGAUCUCUUUGAUGAUGAGAUCAUCCCGGUUUCGGCAGAGGAGCAACAGGUUCAGACGGAAGUAGUGGUGCCGGAGGAGGUAGCACCGGCUCCGCAGGUGCAAGAGGAGAGUCCGCGCGUCGAAAAGACAGCCUCCCCGCGCGGGGAAACGCCGCAGCGAGGCCGUGGCAGUGAGAGAGGCCGAGGUCGAGGACGUGGCCGCGGUAAAGGAGGUCGCGGAGGUCGCGAAUCGCAACCGGUCGAGCAAAAGCGCGCUGAGAGUGUACCACGAAAGAACGGCGCAGCGAAGAGCGGGCUAGAAGGAAGUCGAUGGGCCACUGCAGAGGGGUCAUCGGAGAAGCCGCAAGAGGUGGAGAAGGAGAAGGUGCGAGAACAGGAACAGGAACAAGAACAGGCAAAAGAAAAGGACCAAGACCAGCCCGCAGAGGAAGAGGAGAGCAAGGCGGAGGUCGCGAGUGCUGAUGGCACCGAAGCCGCACGAGUGCCAGCUGUCCGAGGGGAUCGAAGUGCCACUGGAGGUGUGAGGAAGCCGAAACUCACAGAGGAGGAGCUUUCCAAGCGCAUCGCUGCGGCCAAAGAGAACGCCGUCAAGAAGGCAGCCGCCCAUGCUCGAGCACAGGCCGAUCAAGCCUCCUUCAUGGAACGUGAGCAAAUCGCCGCCAAGAAGCGCCGCGAGGAACUUGCGAAUCGCCGUGUCAUGGAUAACGAGCGAGAGCAAAACCGACAGCGCAAACUCAAGGCCCAAACCGGUCGUGAAUGGGAUUCCCAGAAACGUGAAGAGGACUACAACCCUCGUGGCGGCGGUAGCCAAUUUCGACGUGGCAUGCACGGUGGCGUGUCUGGACACACGCGGAAAGAUUUCGACGCCGCACCUUCUGAGGAGGCCGCUGAAGAUCUACUGAGCCCCAAUCGGGGGCAGCGUGCCUCCUCAAGGGAGCCAUCUGAAAAAUCAUCUUCGCCUGCUGUCAAAAAGGAGGAUUUCCCUGCUCUCCCUGCCGGAAAGAAGCCGGAGGACGACCCCAAGCCAGCAGCUGCACCCCUGGAGAAGCCCUCUAUGGAAAAGCUGGAGGCUACAAUGUCCCCCGUGACUGGCACUUGGGCUGACCAGUUUGACGACGACGAAUAG